AUGAGUGCCAUUGCUAAGAAAAGAAACGUUGACGUUAAGAUAAACGGUGUCACGUGUACGAUGGACUGGGAUCCGGGCGCGUCAGUUUCCAUUAUAAGUAUAGAUUUUUGGAAACAGAUCGGAUCACCAACGCUUAAAGGGAAGCCAAAACUACGGGCUUAUGGCAAUUUCGAUUUACCUUGCCAAGGGGAAGCUACAGUGACAGUGACGCUGAACAAGCGAACGCGAUCUUUGAAAGUAGUCGUGGUGGACAACGCGAAUCCAAUGUUAUUUGGCUUAGAGUGGAAUGAAGCCUUCAAUUUGCCACUGCCCGAACCAGUGUACAACGUAGAUCGUGUCAACAACCACGUGCAGCCGACAACGAAACCACUGCAUCAGAAGUUAAAUGACAUAUUGGAAGAGAACAAGCAGCUAUUCGAAGAAGGACUGGAAAAAAUAAAUAACUACCAAGUUAAAAUUCACGUAAAGGAAACAGCAACACCAAUACAUAUUCCAGCCAGGCCAGUCCGAUUCGGAAUUCAAAAAAACGUGGAAUUCGAACUUGAAAGGUUACAGCAGCUUGGAAUAAUCUCACCUGUUGACCCCAAAGAAACACCGAUCGAAUGGGCAACACCCACUGUCAACGUGGUUAAACGGAACGGAAAUAUACGUAUUUGUGGUGAUUUUCGUGUUACACUGAAUCCAGCACUAGUAACAAUACGACAUCCAGUACCAACAUUCGAAAACAUCCGUCAGCAGCUUGCCAAGGGUGAGAAGUACACGAAAUUAGAUCUACGCGAUGCCUAUCUACAAUUCGAGAUUAGUCCAGAGUCAAGAAAAUACCUAAUCAUAUCCACACACAAAGGGUAUUUUCAGUAUAACCGUAUGACUCCUGGUAUAUCGAGUGCACCCGGAACAUUUCAAAAUUAUAUGGAAAAUCUACUUGCUGGCAUACCCAACGUUGCAAUCUAUUUCGACGACAUAGGCAUUACAGGUCCAGAUGAAGAUAGCCAUCUAAGAUCAUUAAGAGAAGUUUUUAAACGUCUGCGUGAAGCUGGUUUUCGUAUCGAAAAGAACAAAUGUAGCUUUUUUCAAGACAGUAUCGACUAUUUGGGCCAUCAAUUCAACCGAAAAGGGAUCUAUCCAGUGGAAGACAAGCUGAUAGCAAUAAAAAAUGCUGCAAUACCCAGUAACAAGAAGGAGUUACGAUCCUUUCUGGGAUUGGUCAAUUUUUACGAGAAAUUCAUACCCAACUUACAUGGAGCAUGUUCCGAACUAGACGCAUUAACUGGUACAAAGUCGCAAUGGCGAUGGUCAAUAAAGGAACAGAAACAAUUUGAUAAUGUUAAACAUAUGAUAGCUAGCGCCCGUCAUCUAACUCCUUACGAUCUCACAAAACCGCUUUAUUUGGCAACAGACGCAUCCGAUGUAGGCCUUGGUGCUGUUCUAUAUCAUCAGGACGAGGCUAACAACGAGUUACCUAUCGCCUACGCGUCACGAAAAUUGAACGAAGCAGAACAAAAAUACGCUACCAUUGACAAGGAGGCAUUAGCAAUUUUUUUCGCCGUGAAGAAAUUUGAUCCAUAUUUACGUGGAACAAAGUUUACAUUAAUUACGGAUCACAAGCCGCUUCAACACCUGUUGGGAGACAAACGAAAUUUGCAAAAAAUCGUAAACAACCGUCUGACGAGAUGGGCACUAAUGUCAGGUGCAUACAAUUACGAUAUACAGUAUCGUCAAGGCAAAUACAAUAUUCUAGCUGAUUGCUUAUCACGCUUACCAAACGCACAUGAAGCAAUUUCGGAGGAAGCGCAGAAGAUUCAUAAAAUUUAUGCGGUAAUUCAAAUAUGGAAGCUUGAUGAUAUUGUACUAACAGAACAGGAACUUAGGAAGCAGACGAAACAUAACCUAAUAUUACGACGAGUAAUUGAGUUAAUUGAGCGUCACUGGCCAGACACGAAGUGUAUCAACAACGAGCUGAAACCAUACUACGACAAACGGGAGGAACUAUCAUACGAAAACGGUAUUUUGAUGUGGCAAGGACGAAUUAUCGUGCCCGAUAAUCUUCAAGAAGUAACAUUGAGGCAUCUUCAUAGAGGGCAUCCAGGCAUUGGCUCUAUGCGUGCGUCAGUGAGGUACUAUGUAUGGUGGCCGAACAUCGACAAGGACGUGGAACAUACAGUGAAAUCAUGCAUGUGGAUUGUGCUUGUUGAUGCUUUAUCAAAGUGGGUAGAAGCAGAUGUACUUUAUGCUGCCACCACAAGAACUUUGUGCGAAUUCCUAGAGGAGAAGUUUAUAACAUUUGGUUAUCCGGAAAUUAUCGUGUCGGAUAAUGGUAGUCAAUUUACGUCAGAAGAGUUUCGAAAUUAUUGUCAAAGUCAUGGAAUAAAACAUGUAACGUCUUCACCGUACCAUCCGAAAACCAACGGACUAGCCGAACGAUUCGUACGAACAUUCAAGGGGCGCAUGAAAGCCAGUGAAUAUGAUGGUUUAUCACAACGUCAGCGCUUGCGCACAUUUCUAUUUACAUAUCGAAACACACCACACUCCUUUACAGGGAAGGCACCAUCUGAAUUUUUGCUAGGUCGACGCCUGAGUUACAUAUCCAACCCAACCCAAUAA